CUCUUCGCUCUUCGGCAGUUCAGUCCGACGGCGAGCCUCGGCCCGACUGCUCCUCGGCACAUCGCGCUCUGCGUCUUCUGCUACCUUCGAAAAUCCAGUCUACUCUUUUGAAAAGCUCCCGAGUCUGGACACCGUGCGACCUCGGCGCUGGCUUCCGUUCUCACGAUUCGAAUUUCGCGGCACCCGCUCUCGCGCCUGCGCUCCCGAUCUAACCUCAACCGCGUGUGAACCUUUAUUAUAAAUUGCCACUGCGGAGUCUGCGAUAUGAUACCCUGGAUGAUACCGCGAAAAUCAGUUGGCGAGACUGCGCAGGAAAAUUCGGAAAGUGACCAGGUGUUUUUUGAAUGAGCUGCAGCUACCUACUCGCGCAUAACUAUAACUAUAACUGCACCGAGACUCGCUGACGGCGUGCGUGACUGCGUGCGUGUUGCAGUUGCAGUCGGUAUAGUACAGUGUGUGCGUGAACGUGCCAAGGAAGCAACGCCGCCGUUUUCCAUCCGAGCCGAAAAACGAUGGGGCGAGGGUCCGAGCCUUACCGCUGUCGUCGGCCUGCAGACGCGACGACGAGGUUCCGCAUCGUCCACCGCUGCUGAGUGAGAGAGAGAGAGAGAGAGAGAGAGUCAAGCAAGGAGCAAUGCACGACGAUGCAAGCAACAAGCCCAGCAGCGAAUCGGCAUCCGGAGUGACGGUCUUUGUAUAGAUGCCCAUCCAAAUCAAAUCAGUGGAGAGAGCUCAAGACUAUAGCUGAAGCAGCAUAAUGCCACACAGCCAAUACGGCUUGCCGACGAUGGCUCACGGCCUGCAGUCGCCUCCGUCUCCGACGGCUGUCAUGUCGGCAUAUCCACGCUUCGCCAGCAUCUACCGGGCCGAAACUCACCCGUCGGCUCCGCCGCAGCAUCAGCCACCGGUGCCCCAGGCUCAGCCUCCCCAGCCGCCGCAGCACCAGCAGGACCUGCGACUGACGCGCGAGGCCAUGAAGCACUACCUGUCCGAGCACAAGCGCACCCAGGGCAAGGCCGACAUGGUCGUCGUGAUCCUGCACGCCAAGGUAGCCCAAAAGUCUUACGGCAACGAGAAGCGCUUCUUCUGCCCGCCACCCUGCAUCUACCUCAAGGGCAACGCCUGGUCGAUGCGCCAGGAGCAGAUGCGCCGGGACGGCGAGAGCGAGCAGUCGACGCAGCUUUGUGCUUUCAUCGGUAUCGGCAACUCCGACCAGGACAUGCAGCAGUUGGACCUCAACAACGGCAAGCAGUACUGCGCCGCAAAGACGCUCUACAUAUCCGAUUCGGACAAGCGGAAGCACUUCAUGCUCUCGGUCAAGAUGUUCUACGGCAACGGCCACGAUAUCGGCGUCUUCCACAGCAAACGCAUAAAGGUCAUAUCGAAACCUUCGAAAAAGAAGCAGAGCCUGAAGAACGCGGAUCUGUGCAUAGCCUCGGGCACGAGGGUCGCCCUGUUCAACCGGCUGCGCUCGCAGACGGUCAGCACGCGCUACCUCCACGUGGACAACAACAAUUUCCACGCGAGCUCGACCCAGUGGGGCGCCUUCACAAUUCACCUACUCGACGACAAUGAGAGCGAAUCCGAGGAGUUCCAGGUGCGCGACGGCUACGUGCACUACGGCAGCACCGUCAAGCUCGUCUGCUCCGAAACGGGGAUGGCUCUGCCGCGUCUGGUUAUCAGAAAGGUCGACAAACAGAUGGCGAGCCUCGAGGCGGACGACCCGGUCUCGCAGCUGCACAAGUGCGCGUUCUACAUGAAGGACACGGAUCACAUGUACCUCUGCCUCUCGCAGGAGCGGAUAAUCCAGUUCCAGGCAACGCCCUGCCCGAAGGAGGCCAACAAGGAGAUGAUCAACGACGGCGCUUGCUGGACGAUCAUCAGCACCGACCGCGCCGAGUACACGUUUUACGAGGGAAUGGGCCCGGUGCGCUCGCCCGUCACCCCCGUGCCUCUGGUGCACAGUCUGAAUCUCAACGGAGGCGGCGACGUGGCGAUGCUCGAACUCACGGGCGACAACUUCACGCCAAACCUGCAGGUGUGGUUUGGCGACGUUGAGGCCGAAACGAUGUACAGGUGUCAAGAGAGCAUGCUCUGCGUCGUGCCGGACAUUUCGCAAUUCCGGGGCGAAUGGCUCUGGAUACACCAGCCCACGCAGGUGCCGGUCAGCCUGGUCAGAAACGACGGCAUCAUCUACGCGACGGGCCUGACAUUCACGUACACACCCGAGCCGGGACCUAGGCAGCACUGCCUACCGGCCAGUGAGAUCAUGCGCACACCCAGAGCCAUGGGACACAAUCAGGCAGCCAUGCAACCAGCUAUCGCCGACGUGCCGUGGAAUCAUCAUCAGCCGCCCCAACCGGGUCUUUGAUAUAACCCGAUUGCCUGGGGACUGGACGAUGGCGGUGGAGAAGAUGAGAUGGACGAAUUUCAAGAGCUUGACAGCGUGAUCGCUGAAGAGUCGUUGCCGUCGACGUUGUCGUCGUCGCUGCCAUUGAGGAUGGACGAAGACGUGACGUCGGCGGUCGGCAACAACUCUUGCCUUGCCAAGGAGACGUGUUCGAUGAGCGAGCCGUCGCUGGUGUAGUCAGGACUAUGCUACGGUGUUCCAUCGGGCGGUCGAUUGAAGAUGAUGCAUUUGAGUUUUUUAAUUCUGUAAGCACGGAUCUUCGGUUGGCUUCUCGGGAACUUCAUACGUACGUUAAAAGCAAAUGUCUCGCAUACUUAUAGGAUUAGAAAACCUGAUCGAGGUGCCUACGGCAAGUUAAUCAAAUGCUCGAAUACUAAGUUUCUAUUUUUUAAUCAGUCAGAGGUGUAAUACAAAGCUUUUUUAAAAGUUACACCCUACUUUGAAAAUUUAUGUACACAUUAAUUUUGAGAGAGAUAUAUACAUAUAUUUUUUAAGUGUGUUUUUAAAUGUAAUGUAAUAAGUAUUCAUUGAUCAUAAAGACUUAGUAUUCCUGCGUUUUAAUUGUCGAAAAUCCAACGAUAUUGCAUCGAAUAGUUGCAAAUAUUAAUAUUAAACCUAGGGCGGUUCCCUUUAGGGAAUCCGCGGCCGAGUCUGGAUCGUAGCAAUAGAUUAUAUAUAUAUAUACACAAAUACUUUAUGGAUAAAAAGAGACAAACUCGCGUGUGAUGUGGACAAUGCAAUGCAUUAUCUAUGUAUAAUAAAUAUCUAGAUGACUUGAUACUAAGUUGUUAAUACAAAUUUUAUUGAAUAAUUUUACUGAAUAAUAAUUUAUCGCAACCUGAUUGUAAGGUAUAUAUAUAUAUAGAUAUAUUACGAGAUGACAAGCAACUUUAUAGUGUGAUUUAUCAUUUUCGCAGAGACUUUUUUCGGGGAGAGAGGAAAAUAAAAAGAGACAACAAUCAGUGUGUACCAACAUAAUGAAAAAUUGUAUUAUAUAAAAAUUUCUUGUGCAACCGUCGUUCUUUCCGGCUUCUUCGCACGAGUAUACAUAACGCAGCUUUCUGGCUUACUGAAAUCUGCAAUCGAUUGAUGACAACCGAAUUAUCUACCUUUUAAGAUCAAAGGAAUUUCUAUUUUUCUAAUAAAUGUCUGACAAAAUUAUGAUAGUUUGAAUUUAUUCUAUUUAUAUGAUAGGAAAUACUUUACGUAAGAUUAAAGUGGAAUCCUACAAGUCAAUGUCUAAAUGAUGAUAUCUAAAGUCAAUAGAACAAGACGCGCGAUAGUUCAUUCUGAAAGAAGCAAUUAUACUACUGCAUGACUA